AUGCGCCACCAUCCGUCUCUCGAUCCACCCGAUGCGGCCGCCCUAUCUCCCUCGUCUAGCGAUGCAGCGCCACCCCAAUCUCCCCGCUCCGCCGCCGCCGCCCCCCGCCUUCCACUAUCACCCGCUCAGCCACCUCCACCCUCCUCUACAUCGCCGGAGGAACGGGCACACCUGGCGCGCCGCCUCGAGGCCGCGCUCGAGCAGGUAAGGAGGGAGUCGGUGCGGCAGGGCACGGCGCUGGACGAGCUGAGGCAGCGGCUCGAGCGGCGGCGGGCGCGCGCGGACGAGCUCCUCGUCGCCAGGCGGAGGGCCGCCGAGGACGUCGAGCGCCGCAAGGAGCAGAUGCAGGCGCAGAUCGAGCGGGUGCUGCCGCUCUCCAGGGCCCUCGCCGCUGCGCACCGGCAAGUGCAGGAUGCCAAGGAGGGAUUAUCCGUGGAGAGGGCGCGGCUUGGGGAUCUGCAGAGGCUGCUCAGGACGAGGCAGCAGUCCAUGGUAGCCCAGGUCGCCGCCCUGUACCCUAUCAGGGUCUUCCGUGACCUGCCGGUUGCACAAAACCACCAUUCCCGUACCAAUGGAGAGUGUCGAACACCUUCGGAAGAGAAUGGCGCACUUACGCAAGAGAAUGGAAAUGGAACACAUUUGCUCAGCGUUAUCAAGGACAAAGCACAUGUAAGCAGCGUUGGACCCUUGACAUUUUUUGGUUGGCAAAUUGGAAAGCCCAGGACAAAGCAGCGGACUUACAGCCACAAGGAGCUUCAGUGGUCAGCAGCUGUGCUUGGAUAUGCAGCACAUAUCGGUCGACGUGGGCGGGGCUGGUGGCGAUCCCCAGUCGGGCUACAUAGGGCCGACGACGAUCUGGACAGGGGCGGUUUGAGGCGCUCGCGCACAUCGGAGGUCCAGUGGCGGCCGCGUCCUGCAUCAAAGGUGCGGCUAGGAAUCAGAGGAGGAUAUGGGAGGGCAAGAGGAAGGGACCGGGGAGGGGCUCACCGACGCGGCGACGCUUGCCGGAGGCUGGCUGGCGGCUGGGCCACACGGUGACGGCGGCGCGCAUGUGGCGUCCUCCCUGGUGGGGCGAGCAAGAAGGAGGAGGUGCACGGGAGGCGUAGGCGCUGUGGCGAGAUGCGCUUCGGAUGCCCGAGAUCGGGCUGCAGCGGGCCCUGGCGCUGGUGGUGGCUUGGGGGGAGCUGACUUCGACGUCAACUUCUACAUCACACAACGUUCUGUAUCAGAGAAGUUGGGGACGCCCGUGAGCCCGUGACAGUGAGACAGACACGACCUUGACUUGGCCAUGUCCGCCUCUCUGGACUGAUGAUAAUGCUUCACUACUGAGUCAUACCAUGCUCACUAUUAAAGGGGAGCAACCUGGCCUGUUGCAACUCAUGUGAAUUCAUGCGGAUGAUAUGGUAUCUUACAUUUUUCACUAAUCAAAAGUUCACACAGGUAGUAACCAUCUAUGUGUUUGGCAGUUGUAAUGUCUGUUAGUAGUUUUUUUGUGAAUUUAUUUAUUAUAAUUAGGAAGUAAUAAUAGCUUAUUGCUUGUACAUUUGCCUCUUUUUUUGUAGAAGGUGCCUUUGCCUUUUUGAGCUAUAUAGUAAUUGGCUAUUUUUAUGAACUCCAUAAAGCUGCAAAAAAGAUUUUGCAUCAACUAAUUUACUGAAACAUAGGCGGAUUAAAUAUGUGGUCUCUCAAUAUUUAAAUAUCAAAAUCAGAAUUAGCACAAAAUAGUGUAUCCAUGUUCUAAGAUUAGCACAAUCUGAUAACCCUCCUAAAUUUUAGCAUUAUGUGCUAAUGGAAAAUUUGAAGUUGUCCAUCACUAUGGUUCUUGCAUGGAACAAUUGUGCAUAGAUUGUUGAUAUUUGCAUUAUGUCAUUAAAUGUCACUGCUAAUCAGUUUCUUACAAUUGAGUAAAAAACCCUGUCCAACAUGUGAAGGUUCCAACUGAAAAAAGAUGUCCAGUCGUUGCCCAAUAGGCUCUUAUUUUCCACUUUGUCUUCUGAUGCAAAGUUAAUUAGCCUUAUGAUUCAUACAGUUUGUGGAAUAAUCAAAGUGACGUUGUGCUUUAUGGUAUAGCCGUAUAGUAAUAACUACUACUCUAAGAUGUCAAAAGAACUUUCAAAACAUCUAACUAUGCUUGCAAAACACCAUAUCAAAAUGCAUUUGAGUAAAUUACCAUUUCAGUAAAUGAUGAAACUCUCUUUUUUUGGUCGAUUAUUUGUUUGCCUACAGUAAUAGAUUAUCAAAGUAGCACCGCAUAUUUAUUGAUUCAUUGGUUAUUCGCCAAAUCAUUCUUCAAGGGAAUCCAUGCCAGUGUGCUUACCUUAGCUCACGUCACUUUCCACUGAGGGUGCAAUCAUUGCCAUGUCCCCAUCGCUGCCGCCAUGCAGGAGAACCUCUCAUUGCUGGAUGUAGCGGCGAUGAUGUUCCUAGAGAGAUGUGAAGCGGCAGGGAGGCACAACUAGGUACAGGGCGCUACAAUAGUGACUCAUUGCCGUCGAACGACCCUCCCGCUUAGGCGAUGCUCCUGGCCUUGCAUGGUAGACAACAUAUAUACCUCCAACGAAACAUCAUGUGUAGUAGAUGGCGCUGCACCUCACUUGCAGUGAGUGGUGAAGCAUGGUGCCACGAGUGUGGCUGAUGUGCUGCUGGAGAAGGACACGAUCUUCAAGUAGUCGGCAUGAACAGCCACCGGAUUUUUUUAUGACGAUGCAAGUGGUCUGAAGAUGUCUUUGUGACAAAAUAUUUGCAAAGUGAUCAGGGAGAUAUCUGAUGGAACAUGCCGAAACGAUUUUGGGCCUACAAUAUAAAAACAAUGAAAUUGCAAACUUUCUUAGGGAGAUAUGUGAUGGGAUGUGAAAAGCUACCCCCCACCCAACCAACCCCGUUACGACGCUCUAUGAGUGCUUCCUGUAAGAAGAGGAGACACUUGUGCAUGCUGCUCAAGGUGAUACACAAGAUUGAGUGAUGGUCUUGCAAGCUCAGGGCAAUCAUGGAAGUAGUGUAGUUCCUUUGUGUGUGAGAGACCCACAAAGGAUUGCUUAAUGAGCUUGAGUCUGCGUAGGUUGAACACCAAAGAGUGAUUGUGGUGCUCUAUGAAAUACUAAAAUGCAGGUGCUGCAGCGGUUGUUCAUUGAUAUUAUGUAGCUUUCCUUUGCAUACGCUUGCAACUACAUAUACAUGUGGCCACAUAUGAUAAGUUGGCAGUGAACUUUCAAAUACAGGCGACAAAUUCUUGACA